CUACUGGUGGUAUUGGCAGCUGCUAGGCAAAAUGGCUUUUAUCCUUGUAGGGGUGCUUUGGGUCUGUGGCUUUGUGUCUGGCAAUUUGGAUUCUUGGGAUGACCCAUCCCGCCUGCGUUGUGGGUAUGAUUACAUGCAAUUCUCGCUCCCUUCACUGCUGAAUGAUGUUGCUUUUGUUCUGUCGGUUAUAGAUUUUAAUGGAAAGCCUCACUACUUGCACAAUAAUUCUGCUUGUGGCACAUGGGUAGGACAGGAUUUGGAUGGAUCUGUAAUGGUUGGUGCUUCAUUUGAUAGCUGCUUUAUGAAAAAAGAGGAUGGAGGACAUGUGAUGACUAUUAGUUUGGAAGAAUUUCUUCAUAAUGGAAAAUAUCAGUACCACAAAAAGGACCUCAAAUGCCCAGUUCUCUUUGCAAUGGACGCUCCCAGUGCUAGAGAAUGUUCUGCUAUUCCAACAGCUGACCGCAUUCCAUGUGCUAAUAUAACUGUGUCCAGAGACCGCUGUGAAAGUGUUGGAUGCUGCUACAUCCAGAGUGACCCUGAAAAUCCCUGUUACUAUGGAAACAAAUUGACUGCCCAAUGCACCGACGGCAGCAUGGUGGUGGUUGUGUCACCUGACCUCACUGUGCCAUCUUUGAUACUGGAUUCAGUCAGUGUGGUGGAUGUAGAUUCCACCUCAUGCCCCAGCUUCAGCACCUCAAAAACGGGCUCAUUUGUUGGCUUCAGGCUUCCUUUGUCGUGCAGUUCUGUGAAACAGGCAUCUGACAGCAUGACUUAUGAAAGCACACUUGUUGGAAACAAAGAGGUGCAAAUGUGGCAAGGAUCUUCAGUCACAAGGGACAGUACAAUGAGGCUAACUGUUCGCUGCAGUUAUAUAAAAACUGGCACUAUUCCUUUGGAAGUUGAAGUAUUGACAUUGCCGCCACCAUCUCCAGUGUCCACCCCAGGACCUCUUCUGCUGGAAAUGGUAAUAGCAAAAGAUGGAGGAUAUAGUUCAUACUAUGCUGAUGUGGACUACCCUGUUGUCAAAGUACUCAGAGACCCAGUCUUUCUGGAAGUUCAUAUUCUACACAGGAGUGAUCCUAACUUGGUUCUCAUAUUGGACAACUGCUGGGCCACAAACUCUGCUAGCCCCACUGAUGCUCCUAAAUGGCCAAUCUUGUUUCACAGCUGCCCCUUUCCUGGAGACAACUACCUAUCUCAGGGGAUUCCUGUUGGAGCACCUUCACAAAGCAUGCCUCUUCCAACCCACUAUCAACGUUUCAUGGUCAGCACCUUUACUUUUGUGGCUCCCAACACCCAGGUUUCUCUUGGUGGACUGGUGUUCUUUCACUGCAGUGCAUCAGUAUGUGUUCCAUCUGCAACAGACUCCUGCAUAGUAAACUGCGCACAAAAGAAAAAAAGAAUGGCUGAUAUGGCUCUGCAACAAUCUCUGAUGGUUACUUCAGAUGGACCUGUGAUCUUUGAGGAUGAAGAUUUUGAAAGCCAAAAUUCCAGUGAAAUGGGGCGAGGUGAUAUUGAGUCUACUUCCAUGAUUUGGCUAGAGGGAACAGUAUCUGUUGGCUGUGUAUUGGCAGUUAUCCUUGUGACUAUUAUCAUUGUGACGAUUGCCAAACAUAAAAGAUCCAAUGAAGCUCAAGAUGAAACUGAAACAUGUCCACUGUAAAUGCUUGAAUAAAACAGUUUUUCAAAA